AUGGCGUCGGAAAACCCCUGGUGGAAAAACGCCACCAUUUACCAGGUGUACCCAGCCAGCUUCAAAGAUGACAAUGGCGAUGGGAUCGGUGAUCUCCCUGGCAUUCUGAGCAAGUUGGACUAUAUCAAGUCUCUGGGCGUCGAUGCUAUCUGGAUUUGCCCGAUGUACGACAGCCCGCAAUAUGAUAUGGGUUACGACAUCUCGAAUUAUGAAGCGGUAUACCCGCCGUACGGUACAGUUGCCGAUGUCGAAGCUAUCAUUGCCGGCUGCCAUGAACGUGGCCUGCGCGUGCUCUUGGAUCUCGUUAUCAACCACACAUCCCACCUCCACGCUUGGUUCAUAGAGUCCAGAUCAUCAAAGACCAGCGCUAAACGCGACUGGUAUGUCUGGCGGCCAGCGAAGUAUGAUACGGAUGGAACCCGCCGGCCUCCAAACAACUGGCGCAGCAUGUUCGGUGGCAGUGCCUGGGAGUGGGAUGAAGAGACACAAGAAUAUUAUCUGCAUUUGUUCGCAGUUCAGCAGCCUGACCUCAACUGGGAGAACCCCAAUACCCGCGAGGCGAUCUACGAGUCGGCAAUGGAAUUCUGGCUCCGAAAGGGCAUCGACGGAUUCCGUGUCGACACCGUCAACAUGUACAGCAAAGAACAAUCAUUCGGAGAUGCCCCGAUCGUCGAUCCAAGACUCGAGUGGCAGCCCGCCCCUUCACUAUACUGCAACGGGCCCCGGAUACACGAAUUCCUGCGUCGCAUGGGUGAGAUUUUGGGCAAGUACAACGCUAUGACUGUUGGCGAGCUGCCGAACACGCCGCAAGUUGAACACGUAUUGAGAUAUGUCUCGGCAAAGGAGAAGCAGCUCAGUAUGGUAUUCCAGUUCGAUAUCAUGGAUGUCGGCACAGGCAACCUUCGGUUCAACACGACUCCACGUAACUGGACCCUCUCCGACUUCCGCGAAAGAGUCGCACGUACCCAAGAAUUGCUGAACGGAACCGAUGGAUGGAGUACGUCUUUCCUAGAGAACCACGAUCAAGCGCGCUCUAUUUCCCGAUUUGGAAGCGAGGAGACGCCUGAGCUAUGGCAACGAAGCGCGAAGAUGCUCAGUAUGCUUCUUGCAAGUCUUUCUGGCACCCUGUAUCUUUAUCAAGGCCAGGAGAUCGGAAUGGUAAAUAUGCCAGCCGACUGGGACAUCAGCGAGUACAAGGACCUCGACAGCCUGAACUAUUACAAAUUCAUUCAGGAAGUAUCGAGAAAUGAUUCGACCGCAGUUCGUGAAGCCAAGCUUUCUCUUGCCCACCUAGCAAGAGAUCAUGCUCGAAUCCCUAUGCAAUGGGAUGGUACACCCAACGCGGGCUUCACAUCUCAAUCAGCGAAGUCUUGGAUGCGCGUGCAUGAUAACUAUCCAUUGCUGAACGUGAAGCGACAACAACACGAUUCCACAUCUGUUUUCAACUUCUGGCGCGAGAUGUUGCGUGUGCGUCGUGAAAAUCCGAACGUCUUCGCGCAUGGAAUAUACAGCGAUCCUGAGCCCACAAAGGAGAAUGUUUUCGUCUUUGAGAAGACGGCCGAUACUCAGAAACUCGUUGUUGCGCUGAACUUCACAGCAGAUGAUCAGACUUUGGAUCAGCUUGCGGGAUACAUCGGAGCUGCAUCAGUCAAGGCUCUGAUCAGGAAUUAUGAUGACGAACCUCUCAAUCUGCUCCGGCCUUUCGAAGGCCGAAUUUAUCUGGUGGAGAAAUAG